AGUCGAUCGAGGCUUAAAGUGUUUGUUACUGUCAGUUCGUCAGAGCUUACUACGUUAUUAGUUUAUGUUUGAUCGAAGUUGACGGUGUGUGGUAUUAGCGGGUAAUUAGUUUCAAUCUCACGUCACCAUAUUUUGUUGAUGGGUGACUACAGUUAUGGCGGAUGAGGAGAAGGUCCUCAGAUCUUUGAAAGCCACAAACAGUGCUUUUCUUAGGUUCAUUAACAGCACUGAACGCAAAGUUGAUGUUGUGUGGAUGAACUACCAGGGUCAACAUGUGAAGUUCAAAACCCUAUUACCAGGCACGUUCUUCGAUGCAAACACUUAUGAGUCACAUCCGUGGCUUUUCAUAGAUGCGGAUACUCGUGACAGACUGGUUGUAAAAUCAAAAGAUGUGUAUUUACCAGAACCAUGGUUCAAACAGUAUGAAAGGAUACCCAUUCCUAUAGCUGCAUUGCCCAUGAGGAUUGAAAGAACCAAAGUAUACAUUACAAUACCUGUCUUUCCUCUGCGACAGAGGGCUCUUCAGAUUGUAAGAGAUAUGCUUCAGAGGCCAGAAGAUGCUUUCAAGCUUGAAAUUCCAACAACACUGCAGAAGCAGCUAGCAAGAAUGGUUAGGGAGUGUUCACAAACACGCUUGAAUUGCAACCCACCAUAAUAUUUAUGUAAGAUGCUAUGUUUUUUAUAUGUUUUUGUGCAGAUUAAGUUAUCCUUCAGUUAGGUUGUAAUUUGCAUAGGAGCUAAUUGUCUGUGAUCAUUAGGGUACUGAUGAAGUUGCCAAAAUGACAGCAAAUUAUAACAGCAGGGAUGAGGAGGGAGGUGCACAUGAUAUGUGGUGCUCUACAUGCAAGUCAUAUGGACUUGUUUUCAUGGUAAAAAUAAAUAAUUUUUAUCUCUUAAGAGACUACUCCAGAUAAUGGAGUUAUACUUCCAAAUUUGCUAGCAAUAGUGGGAACAAAUAAUUUUUUCAACACAUUUUGAUGGAAGCAGCAGAAUAUAUUAUUGUUUUCUUUUUGAAUCUUUUUGUGCUUUCAUUAUUCAUCUGUAUAGAGAAAUGUUAAUCAAGAAGUUUGACAUUUGUAUUUGUUUAAUGUCCACAGUUAAAGAAUGUAAGAUAAAGGAAGAUAAUGUGACUUUAUUUGUCAAGUUAGAUGUGAAUUAUGGAACAGUGUCAUAUAUUUUCUGUGUUGAUAGUUGAAUGAAAAUUGUUGAAAUUAAUAAUAAACAAUAGUUUUGAAAA